AUGGCAGCCUUCGAUAGCAGGCUGGUUGUGCUCAUCCUCCGCGUUGUACAAGCCGUCUUCGCCAUCAUUGUGCUGGGCUUGACAGCUUAUGUCGCCAACUGGUGGUCGGGCUACUGGCACGACACCUCGCCCUCGCAAGUCAACUACCUCAUCUUCUGCGCCGUCUGGACGAUCCUCGCGCUCUUGUACCUCAUCAUCGUGCCAUGGCGAUUCUCCGAGACGGUCGCGCACCACAAGUUCGCGAUCCUCGGCGUCGAGGCCGUGACGAUGAUCUUUUGGUUCGCUGGGUUCAUCGCGCUGGCGGUGUUCUUGAGCGAUCGGGUGUGCUUUGGGCAAGUCUGCUCGGCGGCCAAGGCGGCGGCUGUGUUCGCGGCGUUUGAAUGGGCUGUCUUUGCAGCGACGACCGCAAUGGCCGUGGUCCAUGUCCUUCGCACUCGCAAUCGCAGCAGCAGGAACGACAAGGCCGAUCCGAACUUCAAUGUGUCGCAGGAGGUCUAG